AAAGCUGGUUGAUGUUCUGUAAAGGCAACUAUGGAAACGCCAAACAAAUAGGAUGCCACUUCUGUAUAAAGAUCCAGCGGUUCCCGACACAAGAUCACUCCGCUCCGACACUGAUCCAGAACUGAUCCAACCACCAGCCACAAUGACCAUGAAGUGUGUUCUUCUUGCUGUUUGCGCACUGGCUGUACUUGUCACCUACUGCCAUGCUGCUUGUGUCAGUGCUCCUGAGUGUGGUGCCAGUACCACCUGCGCGGAGGCUCUCACCUUCAAGACAUGUGUUCUAACUGAGUACAACAAGUGCGCAACGGACGGCACAGAAGAUGCAGCUAGACUUACUCUCUAUGGCGUUUACGAACCCGCCUCUGUCACCUACAGCGCUGUGUGUGGUGCUGAGGCUAUUGCUUUCUCAGUGGUGACUGGAGUCAUCGCGGUCAUCGCCUCCUUCAUGUUUUCUAAGUGAACACCCUCCCCCUCCUUCCCCUCCUCCACCGACAACGUCCUCCCUUCCUCCACCAACAAUGUCCUGCCCUCCUCAUCACGUCAAACAUGCAAUGACUGAUGCCCGAGCAUUGGAGUCCAGUGUGUCUGUGGCAUCAUGAACAUGUGUCGUGGAUUUAUGUUAAUAAAUCAACCGAUCGCA